AUGGGUAAGCUCCCCCGCCUGUCUCACCGACCUCUGGACUACCUCCCCGCCUCUGUCCCCUGGCCACAUCUGCCACCGCAUCGUCCGAUGCCCGACACCGGCCUCGAUAUUGAUGCUCAGAUUUCGGGUAUGUGCAAAGCCGGUUUCGCCGGUGAUGAUGCUCCCCGAGCUGUUUUCCCUUCCAUUGUCGGUCGCCCCCGUCACCAUGGUAUCAUGAUCGGUAUGGGUCAGAAGGACUCGUACGUUGGUGAUGAGGCUCAGUCCAAGCGUGGUAUCCUGACUCUGCGAUACCCCAUUGAGCACGGUGUUGUCACCAACUGGGACGACAUGGAGAAGAUUUGGCACCACACCUUCUACAACGAGCUGCGUGUCGCCCCCGAGGAGCACCCCGUCCUGCUCACCGAGGCUCCCAUCAACCCCAAGUCCAACCGUGAGAAGAUGACCCAGAUCGUCUUCGAGACCUUCAACGCUCCCGCCUUCUACGUCUCUAUCCAGGCCGUUCUCUCCCUGUACGCCUCCGGUCGUACCACCGGUAUUGUUCUGGACUCUGGUGAUGGUGUCACUCACGUUGUCCCCAUUUACGAGGGUUUCGCCCUUCCCCACGCCAUUGCCCGUGUCGACAUGGCUGGUCGUGAUCUUACCGACUACCUCAUGAAGAUCCUUGCUGAGCGCGGUUACACUUUCUCCACCACCGCCGAGCGAGAAAUCGUCCGUGACAUCAAGGAGAAGCUUUGCUACGUCGCCCUCGAUUUCGAGCAGGAGAUCCAGACUGCCGCCCAGAGCUCCAGCCUGGAGAAGUCCUACGAGCUUCCCGAUGGUCAGGUCAUCACCAUCGGCAACGAGCGAUUCCGUGCUCCUGAGGCUCUCUUCCAGCCUUCUGUCCUGGGUCUUGAGAGCGGUGGUAUCCACGUUACCACUUUCAACUCCAUCAUGAAGUGUGAUGUCGAUGUCCGAAAGGAUCUCUACGGCAACAUCGUCAUGUCUGGUGGUACCACCAUGUACCCCGGUCUCUCCGACCGUAUGCAGAAGGAGAUCACUGCUCUUGCUCCUUCUUCCAUGAAGGUCAAGAUCAUCGCUCCUCCCGAGCGAAAGUACUCCGUCUGGAUCGGUGGUUCCAUUCUUGCUUCUCUGUCCACCUUCCAGCAAAUGUGGAUCUCCAAGCAGGAGUACGACGAGAGCGGUCCCUCAAUCGUUCACCGCAAGUGCUUCUAA